AUUACACUUCUGCCAACAGCCAAUACGGACAGACAACACCCACGGAGAGCUCCGUUUAGGCUGAGUUAGCUAUAAAAUACACAGGCUAUAGCUAAAUGGCAGAGAAUAUGUUUUUAAAAAAUGACACGAGUUGAUUCAUAAGUUGAGCGCCUGCUAGAAGAGAGAUUGUGAUUUAUUAUAAGAUGAGCAGUGCCGGUAAGAAAGAGAGGGAGCAGAAGAGGAAGCUGCAGCACUUUUUGAAUGACUUGGCUUUACUCGGAUCGUUACAGGGAUUUAAAUACUUCCAGCCCUGGCUAAGAGGAAAAGAAGAGCUGCUGCUGACUGUAGUCAAUGAGGAUCUGGGCUGGCGCUCCCCAGGUUUUUUGGUUUCCAGGGUGUCGUCGUACUCGUCCAGCAGCAGCUGCGUGUCACCCAGCAGCAGCUCUCCUAGCCUGGACAGCAGGAGCAGCUCCCCCCUGCCCGGGGAGCCUCGGGGCCCGCCAGACGUCCAGACGACUAACUCCCAUUCCAGGACGCCGACGCAAACCGACAGGGAACCAAACGGUGAGGAGCAUCUUCUCCCAGCCUCUCCCAGUGAGGGGGAGAUAGCCGUACCAGAGGUGAACUGCACUCUGUUUCUCCUGGCCGGUUACGUCAAGUACGGACGCCCGUACGCCUGGAUUCGCUCCAAUCACGAGCGGCUGGUCAGCAUCGGUGGCAUGGAUUCAAUGGUCAAGGACACGCCCAUGAAGCUGAAGUCCAUCACAGACUGGCAGACGAGAGGUAUUCGUGUCUGGGACAUUGUGAGUGAGCUGGUGUGCCUGUGCUCCGUUCCCUCUCCCUCCAACCCCUUCGCCCUGGACAUGCGUUACAUCAAAACCCUUCCCCUCCACGACCGCUUCCUAGUCACAGGAGCCCUCCUCAGCUUCCUGGAGACUUAUCUGAUUUACGGGAAUCGGGAUGAGCUGCACUAUGACAAAGUGGUAGAGGAAGUGAAACCCCUGAGGCGUCUGCAUUUCCAGGCCCUGCUGGAGCUACAGCGACUCAGAGAGAGAGCGCUGAAAAGCCCAGUGGCUCCGCAAGGCAGGACUCUUCAAGAUGAAAUCCCUUCUGUGCAACAAGUGGCUUUUAUUGAGUGAUGUUUAGGGAGUUCAUUGGUCGAUCGCCGGUUACCGAUCUUUAAAAAGCCUGACUUACUGAUUCCGAUUUUGUCCGAUGCCAGUUUUUUUUUGUCUGAAAUUUCACUAGUUAACUGGAAACGUGCAGACAUAACCUGGUGGGUCGGUUUAUCAGUCGAACCUCUCUCACAGCAGAGCAGAAGUGGACAGUGGUUUAUUUUUAGACCUUUGCUGAGGUAGAUAAGAUCUGCUUCACGUGUAAGUAUCAGCUGAUCACCAAUCUCCCAAAAGUAAGGAAAUCAGUGCCGAUAAAUCGGUGCACCCUUAGUAAUAUUUAAUUUUUUUUAUUGGAUUUGAUGUUCUCACUUUCUUAAUAGUUUAAACUGGAGUUUGGCAGGUUAUUCCUAUCAAGCUAUACCAGUUUUUAAACGUUAUGGUUCCAACACUGCAAGCAUUUUCCAUCAUACAGUUCUGAUGGUUUUAAUAUCUCCAACUGUAUAACUAAAUAGCCAUGGUGUAUCAUGCUUUUUCAAACAACAUUUUUUAAACUGCAGUUAGCUAGUUACCUGAGCGCAUUGUCUGACUAAAAUGUUUGUCUUAUUAUGUCACUAUGAGCAAUUAGUGUACAUUUAUUCUGUCUUAUCACUUAGAUUUGUUGUAAUAAAUGCUUAAAAUGGUGGCUUCAUUA